AUGGAUUGGUCGGAUCGCGGAUCCGAUACGCGUCCUCUCUUCGCCCCCUCGUCGCCUCGCAGCCCGAAGCGCUUCGGCGCUUUCUCCCGCUCCAGAUCCUCGAAGGAGCGAGAGAGGUCGCGAAUCCGACGGUCAGCGUAUCGGUUCGACGGCCUGGGCUCGUUUGAGCGGUUGGAUUGGGACCGGCUGAAGGAAUUCGAGAAGGGACGGUUGCUGGGGAGGCAGCAUACCCCGUCGCAACUACAGCAGGCGACGACGAUUCACCCCCACCACCAGCACCACCACCAGCAGGUGCAAUUUCAGAUAUCCCCCCGAGAAUCAGACGCAGCGCGCUCGCCGCCGCCCGCGGAGAAUCCUCCCCGUCCGAUUUCCAGCCGAACAGACUCAGCCGGCUCGUUGGAUGCCGCAACGGGGUUUUAUCUCCCCCACCCCGCGCUCGCCGUCCCCGCGGCUGUAGCAGACCCCGCGGGUGUCCCAUCCGCGGGUGUAACGCCCGCCGCUACAGGCGCCGCUGGGGGGCUCCUGACGCAGCCAGGUGGCGAGUUCUCGUGGUUCCACGUGGAGAUCCCGCGAUCGUGCCCGUCGCUUUCCGCCGCAGCUCGCCAGCUCAUCACGCAUCUGCACCCUCCGCUGCAGCUGCAGGAGAUCACGACGCUUCUAUCCAACGGUCCAUAUUGCGGCACUCUCGGGGGCGCGCUUUUCGUGCGGAUUAACUCCCCCGGGCCUAUGGACAGCCCGUACACUUUUAAGAUCGCGGCGCGGAUCACGCCGUUUGGAAUAGUAAGCGUCGCGUUGGGCCCGGUGCCGCGUUUAGAGCUUCAAAGAGAACCAGGAGGACUGUUAGGGUCAGAGGUUGGAUUAGGGUUGGCGGGGCUGGUGGCUAGAUUGCGCGACGAUGCUGCCCCGGCUGCUGGGGCGAACGGUGUGGGUUCUGGUGGUGGUGCAGGUGGCGCUGCUGCUGGUUCUGCCAUUGGUGUUGCUGCUGCCGUUGGUGUUGCUGGUUCGGCUAGCAGUCUUAACGGGGCAGACAGAGGGACAGACGGAGCUACCGUUUUGAGGAGGCGAUCGCCGAAUGCGUCAUUCCGGGCUAUUAACGAGGGCGAACCAGAAAGCGCCGCGCUUUCUGUUCUCGUUAAAGGCACCAGCGCUACAGUCACGCCGCAAACCAGCACUCCUGGCAGCCCGUCUGACACGCCCCGACCACUUAAGAUCAGCGUAGGGGCAGGAUCAUCCUCGUUAGAGGCUUCCGCGAUAGCAGCGGUAGUAGCAGGAGGAGCAACAGUAAGAAUUGAGUCUGCAGCCGCUCCUCUCAGACUAUUACACUCCGAGAUAGAAGAGUGUGUGACAAUAGAGGGGGGUUCGCUUUCCUCCGGCACAAUAGAGGGGGGUUUGCCUGUCUCCGACGCAGGUGUGAGUCAGGUGAAGAGCGAGGGGAAUCUGGACCAGCGGGGGCUGUUGCAAGGGCUGGGCAGCAGAAGCUUCGGGUUGGGCAGUAGAGGCUAUGCUAGUGAUGCUGGUGGGGGAGGAGUCAGAUGGGGGGCUAGUGCAGGUUUUUCUGGUGCAGGCGCGUCUGGGGUGGGUUCUGCUGGGGGAGGUGCAUCUGGGGACGCGGGUGGGGUUGGGGGGAAGCGGAGUGGCGGGGUUUUGGCGCGAGUGGGGAAGGUUCUGGAGGCAAUGACGCCGAGGAGGAGGGAGGUGAGGGAGCAGCAGGCGGAGGCACACACGACCAUCGAUGUAGAUGAUGCGGAGCUAGAGGAGCUCUUGCGAAAGAGCCACCCAGAGAAUGCGGAGUGCUUGAUCCCAGUGACGGUGUUUGGGCUGCUGCAGCACAUUGUUGAGACGCACAUGGAGCAUCUAGAAGAUGUGGUGGUGGAGGUGGAGUGCAUGCUGGACCAACACGAGAGGGACCUGGAUGAAGGAUCUGAUUACCGUCUCCGAUUACUGAAAGACAGAACCUUCCCCAAGCUCCACCUGGACUUGCAGAGAGUGCUGCAGUCUCUGGCUCACGGGGAGGUGGUGCUACCGAAGCUGAAGGACAGGCUCGUGGCUCGACACUGGUGCGCCGGACCUGUAGCUUCGGCGGUGCUGGACGGGGCCAUGGCUCGGCUGAGGAGAGGCAAGGAGAACGUGGGGUUCUUGACGGCGAGAAUCACGGCGCUACAGACAGGGCUGGACCAGUGGCAGUCAGAGCAGAUCAACAAGAAGCUUUACUACAUCUCGUUCCUCUCCAUUGUCUUCCUGCCGCUCUCUAUCAUCACCGGAGCCUUUGGCAUGAAUGUGGGGGGGGUCCCCUGGGUGCAGCAAACCACCAACGACCCAAACAUCACCUCAGGGUUCAUCAACGUGAUGUGGAUCUGCUUUUACGUCGUGAUCGCGCUGGGCGCUGCUUUUGCAGCUCCUUCAGUGUAUGCGUAUGUCCAGGAGCGGUUAGAGGAGCGGAAACGAAUAGGGAAGGAGUUGUGGGAGCGGGCACGCAAGGGUGACGUUCUCUCCCUAAUCGCCACAUCCGUCGCGUCGAAAUGCGCGUCAGCUGCGGAGUUCGCCAGCUUGCGCCUCUCCUGCACACGCUUCCACGACGUGGCCACGUUCCCCGAGGUCCUCUCCGCGCUCCCCAUCUCCGCGCUCACAUGCCCCGCGCGCGCCUAUUCCGCGUCCUACCGCUCUUUCCUCCGCGCGUGCGCGGACGCGCGCAACAACGAGGCCGCGUUUCUCCUCGGGAUGAUCGAGUUCUACUGCCUAGGCGACCGUAAGGACGGAAUCAAACACCUAGUCCAAGCCGCGAAAGCAGGUCACCCCGGCGCGCUGCAUUCUCUCGCCGUCGUCCAUUUCAACGGUAGUGGCGGCGCGGUUCCCGAGCGGAAACUCUCCGUCGGCGUGCUUCUCUGCGCCAGCGCGGCGCAGCAGGGCCACGUGGCGGCGCUUCGGGAGCUAGGGCACUGCUUGCAGGACGGGUACGGGAUCAAGAAGAACGUGGCGGAGGGGAGGCGGUUACUGAUGGAGGCGAAUCUGCGGGAGUUUGCGGCCAGCCAGGUGUUGUCUGGGGAAGGCGGAUUUCCCGAGGCUGAGCAGAAGCUUCGGCAGCUAGAUGCGGUGAUUAAGUCCGUGAAGGCGGUGAUUCCGAAGCUGAGCGCGGAUGAGGCGCGGAGCAACGAGCAGGGACAGAUCAAGGAGUCGCGCGCGCAGGAGCAUGUGAGCGCGCACGAUCACGCGCAGGAGCACUCGCACGCGGGUCCCUGCAACCCGCCUUCUGCCAACGGUGCGUCUUCCCCCGCGCAGCUGCUGCAGUCCCUCUGCCGGUGCCUGCGCCCGCUCAUGAGCGACUUCGGUUGCGCCGUUCCAGAUCUCCCCCUUCCCCCCGCCUCGCGCUUCCUCCUCGAGUGGAACGCGGAGCACGGUGUCCCAGCGCCCGAGGGCGGACUGAAGGUGUGCGGAAACGUGCGGUGCGGGCGGCCGGAGACGCGCGAGAAAGAGUUCCGCUGCUGCGCGGUGUGCUCGGGGCCGAGCUACUGCUCCCGCGCGUGCCAGGCGCUGGAUUGGCGUGCGGGGCACAUGGAUGCCUGCCAGGAAGCCCCUUCGGCAGAGGAUGCGGUUCAACUGGGUGAGGGGGAGGCUGUGGAGGUGGCUUGA